AAAAUCGAAAUAAUUGUCAUACAAAUAUGUGUGUAUAGCUUUAGUUAAUUAAUUAAUAUUCCUCACUUUUCAUAGCUUAUAUAAGAAGGUGACCAAACACAGAUCAAAAUGCAGCAGCAACUCCUAUCAUCCAUCACCCAUCUCCUUUAGUACUACUCUUUUGCGAUCUUCUUUCUUUUUGUUCAUAGCUUUGUAAUAUUAGUCUUACUUCUCUUAAGGCUCAAUAAGAGGAGAUGGGUGAAACCGCUGCCGCCAACAACCAACAUCAUCACCACCACGGCCACCAAGUCUUUGACGCGGCCAUGCACGACGUCGUCCCUUCACAACCGGCUUUUAAAUGCUUCGACGAUGAUGGCCGUCUCAAAAGAACCGGGACUGUUUGGACCGCAAGCGCUCAUAUAAUCACAGCGGUGAUCGGAUCCGGAGUUCUCUCGUUGGCAUGGGCGAUUGCUCAGCUCGGAUGGAUCGCUGGACCUGCAGUGAUGCUACUGUUCUCUUUCGUUACUCUCUACUCUUCCACACUUCUCAGCGACUGCUACAGAACCGGUGAUGCAGUCUCUGGCAAGCGAAACUACACUUACAUGGACGCAGUUCGAUCCAUUCUCGGUGGGUUCAAGUUCAAGAUCUGUGGGCUGAUUCAAUAUUUGAAUCUCUUCGGUAUCGCGAUCGGAUACACAAUUGCAGCAUCGAUAAGCAUGAUGGCGAUCAAGAGAUCGAAUUGUUUCCACAAGAGCGGAGGAAAAGACCCGUGCCACAUGUCGAGCAAUCCUUACAUGAUCAUAUUUGGUGUGACAGAGGUCUUGCUCUCUCAGAUUCCUGAUUUCGGCGAGAUUUGGUGGAUCUCCAUUGUAGCAGCUGUCAUGUCCUUCACUUACUCUGCCAUUGGUUUAGCUCUCGGAAUCGUUCAAGUUGCAGCAAAUGGAGUUUUCAAAGGAAGUCUCACAGGGAUAAGCAUCGGGACAGUGACUCAAACACAGAAGAUAUGGAGAACCUUUCAAGCACUUGGAGACAUUGCCUUUGCUUACUCUUACUCCGUUGUACUAAUCGAGAUUCAGAUGCUUAGCGUUGCUUGUCUAGUGAUAUCGGUGGUCGCCUUAGUUGGAUCAGUCGCCGGAGUAAUGCUUGAUCUUAAGGUCUACAAGCCCUUCCAGUCUACAUAUUGA